UUUAAAGUCUGCACACGUGGUAACAUUGAUAAAGGUUAGACAAGAAUUAGUACAUAGUACAUUGUGUAAUACGAUUUGAAAAAAAUAUGUUUUGGAUAACCUUAGAUCAUGGUAUAAUUACAAAAUGCAACUGGAAGUCAAAUAAAGAACCUUAUAACAAUGUCCUUAGACUUCAUCAGUACCAAGACUCCAAAACAUUACUGUUUGAUGCUGUAUUGCAAGGAAAUACUAUAAAGGUUAAACAGCUUGUUUCUAGUGGAAUAGACAAAAAUACAGUCAUUCAUAGCCCAGUCAAGUGGGAAGGUGCUACGAUCCUCGGUACUGCUGCUUACGAGGGACAUUUUGAAAUUGUUAGAUUUCUUGUAGAAUCAGGAACAUCCGUCAAUUUCAUUGACCCAUGCAUUGGAAGAAACUCCCUGCACUGGGCAUGCAUGGGCAAUCAGUAUAAAAUAGCGAAAUUUCUCAUUGAAAACGGUGCUGCUGUAAAUCAUACAGACAAAGACCUCGUGACUCCUUUGAUUCAAGCAUCACUUUGUCAAAAUCUUGAUCUUGUUCGUUUGCUUAUUCAUCAUGGCGCCGAUGCUAAUUUAGUGGACCGUCUGCAGUGUUCGCCUCUUCAUUAUGCAUGCAUGUAUCGUAAUCCUGCAUUAGUGGAAAUCAUAAUUAAAAGUGGUUGUGUUCUAAACAAUCAUUCCAGUCUUGCGAAAGGAACGCCAUUAUCUAAUAUAGUUAUAAACAUGGAUAUGCAAAACUGUUCUUUAUUGUUGAAUGCUGGUUAUAAUCUUCGGGGUGAUUCUUGGUUUGAACAGAGUAAGAAAUGCCAUGACCAUAGAAUUCAAACUCUCAUUGACUAUCAGAAAACCAUUAAGUCACUAAAAAACUUGUGUCGAAUAAAUGUUAGAAGACAGUUGUUGAAAGGUGUGAAAAUAGAACAAACAAUAAAUUCACUUGAAAUUCCGAAUAACUUGAAACACUUUUUGAACAUGAAAGAAGUAUAGUCAUCUGCAAGCUGUCAUAGUAAUUUUUGGGUACACAUUUUGCAUAUAUUUUAUAUACACACUGUAAAACUAGUGCUUAUACAUUUAAACACUAAACGUGUUUAGGAUUGUGUUAAAUUUCUAAACACAUUUCUCAGUAAACACAUAAUAUUUAAACAUGACUUGAUUUAAAACACGCUAAAGAAUGAAAGUGUUUAGAAAUUAAACUCGGUUUUUCUAAGGUAAAGACGAUUCUAAACACAUUCCUAAACACAUUGUACUGAGACACGUUAAGACCUAAACAUGUAAAACAAAAAGUGAACAAAUUUUUAUUAUAAUUGUGUUUAGGAUCUAGACACCAUUUUUACAACUGCAUAUUUUUACAUUUUUGACAAAUAAAACCGUAAACAAUCA